AGUUAUUUGAAAUCACAGUCUAUGGUUCAUAUCAUCAUCUUUACGUCAGAUUUUGAUUACGCCAUUACGGCAAGUCGGUCUGCGCUCAUUUGCGUCACCCUCCUCAUCAUCGAUGCCAUCAUCUAAUGGGAGGAGCGCACACAGAGCUGGAGCACUCAGGGCCGCAUCGCCCCGCUGCAGAUGAAGUAUGACAGGCGACAGCGAAACAAAGCCAGGUGACCAAGCAAAAAAUGAGCGCAAUAACCGGCAGCCGUUUCUCAUCGGCGUGGCUGGAGGGACAGCGAGUGGCAAGGUUCAUAUUUCUAUUAUUGCUGGUAUCGUGUUUGUGUUGAAGUAGACCUGAUUGUAGGUUUGCCAACCAACGCCGGGCACUGAGGUGGUAUGAUUCAAUAUGAUAUAAAAAAAAAAAAAGAGAGAGAGAGACGGCUUGCCUUUUUUCUUUUUAAAUAGUCUGAGAUUAUUUAUUUUCCUGUAGGGUCUAUCUCUGUUUCAUUGUGUUUUUCUAAGAUGAUUGUAUACCUACAGGUAAAGACAGGAUAUCAUGCCCUACUCAAACGUUCCUGUUUUGAUGAAGCAAAUUAAAAUCAGACUGAUGCCUUUUCAGGACGCUGUAAUGUUGCACAGAGGGCUAACUAAGUGGAUACAAAUGGUGUCAAAAGUAGUCUGAGGAAAAUUUCAGAUGAUUAGCAUCAGCUGCGCAGCCUCUACCAGGUACAAGCUCAUGAGAAAUAGUCAAAACCAAGUGAAUCAUACAAUUUGUAGACAUUACAGACCACUGAACCCCGUAACCUUUUUAUCCUACAUUUGUUUCUGUGACGUGGUGCUGUCUGCGGGGCAUUUACCUGACUGUGAUCAUUUCAGAUGCAGUGUGAGGAUUUUUUUGUGUUUCGAUAUUGUUGUUUGUGAUAUAUCUGUUCUCGGACUACUUUUCCAUGUCUCAUGUCUGUUUGUGUGCUUCUGUCUCUCUGGAUGAUAAUUUUGCAGGCCUGCUCAUUGGCAUGACAACGAUGUCCUCAGUCGCUAAAUAUUUGCAUUAUCAUCCUCUAAUGCGGCUCGCAUUGAGAGAUCAGAGGAGGUUGCACUUGUUAAAGAUAGUGUUGCAAUGUUGCUGUGAAUCAUAGAUAAUACACCCCAAUGCUAAAUAAAAGCAUGUAUUCUUGUUUCUGUUUUUUUAAGGAUUACUGAAGUGUUAUCGAUAUAGUGAAGUGAAUUAAACAGCCCUGCCUAGACUGUAGAGAGUGAUGUUUUAAAACCUGUGAGAAAGUUUACUGCCUUUGUAUCCUGUUCCUUGAUUGAAGUUAUAUAGGUGGCAUGAAGGUGAUUAUAUCAAGAGCUUGGGUUGUGGUUUCACAGUCAGCUGUCUGUGGCUUUCACUUCCUGCUAUUAUGGCCCAUGUUUCCUACAGCAACUGUUCCAAAAGCCACCUGUCUUCCCACACGUUAACUGAAUAGUGGGUGAACUCCAGUCUUUUGUUUGUGUGUAAGACUCCUGCUUAUUUGUCUACCAGGUGUACAAAUGAAAUAAAGACUCCAGGUUUGUAGCUUCUAAAUCAGUUAAUAAUGAAAGAUUAAGUUUUCAUUUCAUCAUUCAGUCCAAGAAGAAAAUCAAAUCAAAUGGUAUAUUUUUUCCUCAUACCUUUUCUUUUGUUUUGUUGCUCCUGUUUAUCUAGUCCUCAGUAUGCAGCAAGAUCAUGGAGCUGCUGGGGCAGAAUGAAAUCGACCACCACCAGCGGCAAGUGGCCAUCCUCAGCCAAGACAGCUUUUACAGGGUUCUCACCCCCGAGCAGAAGGGGAAGGCGCUUAAAGGGCAAUUUAAUUUUGACCACCCAGGUACAUCUGUGAUAAAUGAUUUAAAGUCUGAAACAUUCAAAACAGCUGUGUGUCCCAUUCAGGGAAAUGGUUGACUCAUUUUUUGGAGGUUUUUGUCCAGAUCUUAUCCUAUCAAAUACCAAAUCUGUUGUCCAACUUUAAAUGUUCUUCUCAAUUUGAAAUUAGCAUUUUCAUCUGCAUAUGAUAUUUUCGCCCACCACACUGUUAUGUCAUUUUCAAACCAAGUGCAAAUAAAAUCAUUCGUGUAAGUGAAUUAAAUGUAAAGUCAAUGCAAUGAUGCAAUUAGACACGCAUUCUACUCAGGUGACACUAAUAACAGAAUUACGCUCCGUGAAUUGAGCAGACUAUUUGAAAAGUACGAAACUAAUUAAGCAAGUAUUUACACAAUAUUCCCAUGGCCAGACAUUUAUCUAUAUAUCUGGACAUGCGAAUGUUGUGUAUUUACCAGCUUAAUUAGUUUUUACUACACAAAUAGUCUGCUCAAUUUGCAUCGCUUGUGUGAAAUGGUAUGAUUUGCAUGACUUAAGUGAAUAGUGAAUAGAUGAUUUUAUUCAGGCUUGGUGUGAACACAACAUUACUCAGCCAGUCCUAAAAACAGAGCCCAUUCCAUGCACCAGUGUGUGGUUGCUUCAUGACGGUUUUCUUCAGUUUGGUUGAUGUUUUUUUUCAGUCAGCUCCUCGUGUGUUAUAGCAUCCUCUGCAGGUUUCUGUGUGAUUUUUCCGUUAUGUUGUUGACAGGUCAACCAUUACCAUAAAUGUGAAGUUUUGUGGUCUCCAAUUAUAUGAAUACUCUGCAUGUUGUGUAAAUAAUGCUAUCAGAAAGUAUUUACCAUAUUUUCCGGGCUAUAAGUCCCUUUGGAGUAUAAGUUGCACCAGACAAAAAGUGCAUAAUGAAGAAGAAAACACAUAUACCGGUAUAAGUUGCAUUUUUGGGGGAAAAUUUACCUUACAAAAUCCAAGACCAAGAACAGACAUUUCAUCUAGAAAGGCAAGUUAUGAUAAUAAUAAUAGAAUAGAGAACAACAGGCUGGAUAGGUGUACGGUAUGCUAACAUAACACAUUGAUGGUUAUUCAGCUACAUGAAGCAUAAACAACAAACUCAACAGGUGUCUGGUAUGUUAAUGUAACAUAUUAAUAGUUAUUCAGAUAACUAUAGCAUAAAGAACAUAACAAAACAAGUUUACCAAACUCUUGAUAUGAGUUAAUGUUCAUUUUACAUUUUCAGUGGUACAGAAGUAGCAGAUACUGGUACACCAGUGUCCUCUAGUGGCUGUCAGAGUAAAAAUAACAAAUGUGAAAUUAUACAUUUUAAUAUAAGUCAACAAACAUGUAAAAAUAUAUAAGUCACAAACCUUGUCAAAACUAUGAAAAAAGUAUGACUUAUAGUCCAGAAAAUACGGUACAUGCCAUCACCAUUAUACAAUCAAAUUCAACUUUAUUAAUGUACCAGACUUCUCCCAAAUUUGAUAUAAUGGUCUUGUGAUUAGCCAGAGAGCUGGGUAAUGAUAACAAGCUGAUUCAAAAGUCUGAGUGGUAUUUCAUGAUGCCAGAGAUUUUGUGUUUACUAAUUAGUACUCUUCUCUCUGUACAGAUGCAUUUGACAACGACCUUAUAAUUGCAACUUUGUGGGACAUCAAGGAAGGGAAGACGGUCCACAUCCCAGUGUAUGACUUUGUGUCCCAUUCCAGGUGAGUGAGUCUCAGUUUGCUGAUAGACUACAAAAAAAAAACUCAGAUGUAUUAAAAUGUGAUAUUAGUAUUUACUUUCAAGGCAGACCAUGUCCACUUUGGUUGAAUUCAGCACUUAUUGCUCAGUGAAUUAAAACCAGUAGCUUGCUUUAAAUGAAGGAUGUGUAUUUUGAAAUGCGAUGUCUUUUACUCUUGCAGGAAAGAGGAGACAGUGAUGGUGUACCCGGCUGACGUGGUGCUGUUUGAGGGCAUCCUGAUGUUUUAUUCUCAGGAAAUUCGAGAUCUUUUCCAAAUGAAGCUGUUUGUGGACACAGAUGCAGAUACACGUCUAUCACGAAGAGGUGGGAUGGAUAAACACAUCACUGUGAAAGAGUCAUUAUCACUCAGUCUCUUUGAUCGCUUGGAACUGGAUUAUAGCAUUGAUGCAACUUGCAUGUGAAGUGAAUGUGAAGCUCAUUGCAGCAGUUCAUAGAAGGCAGAGGAGAAAAGCCAGACUGGCUCUGUGAAACCUGCUUGAUUAAACUUCCUCACCUGACUAGAAUAUAUUAUUGAGUUAAUAACUUCUCCAAAAACACUGACUACAAUAACAUACAUUGGAGUUUUGAAGGUUUUUUUUUUUAUCUGAGAAUGUAUUAGCAGCUAACAGAAAUGUUUCCGAUUAAUUUGUUUCAUAUUUACUGAAGACUCUUAGCUGAACUAUUGGUAUUCCUUUCAUCCCAAUGUUUCCCUUGUCUCAUUUCCCUUCAGUACUGCGUGAUAUAAGCGAACGUGGACGUGACUUGGAGAGUGUCCUAGCACAGUACAUAACUUUUGUCAAGCCUGCUUUCGAGGAGUUCUGUCUACCUGUAAGUGCCAUCCUGUGUUUUCUCUUAUAUCCGAUCUGCUUUGUAUGUCUCAUGAUCAAGAUGUUUUUCCUUUUCUUCAACUUUGUUCAGACCAAGAAAUAUGCUGAUGUUAUCAUUCCCAGAGGAGCUGACAACCUUGGUGAGUUGUUUGGUACUAUUAUGGUUCUUAGAUUCAAGAACAUUAGAUGUGAUGUUAAAAAAGUGGAGAUCAAAGGUUUGAGGCUGUAGUCCAAACAGGCUCAUCCUGAAGGACACAGCUGUGUUUACUGUAGUCCUUAGAGCUGGAAGUUAUGGUUUCAAACCUGAGGAAGCAACUCUUAUGCCUUAACCUCCUAAGACCCGAACUCUUGCAAGGCAUGCAUUUUUAUUUUCUCUUUGAUAUUUAGGCUAAUUGAGACCUGAUGAGUGUAAAAACAAAGAAUGAUCUUUUUACAUGAUGUAGUUUCUGAGAAAAAUGAUGUCCACAUAUGAGGACAUUCGUUUUGAAUUUUGAGAGAAGGCCCUUGUGAACAAAAUUUAAUAUUGUGGUCUUGACAACCAAAAAUGUGAUGUCCACACAUGUGGACGCCAGGUCUUAGGAGGUUAAAAGUAAUGUACCUUUGUCUGUUUGUUGAAAAAAAAAAAAUACAAAGCCCUUUUAAAAUAAACUACUGUUCAUACCGUAUUUUUCGCACUAUAAGGAGCAGCCGAAAUCAUUUUGGCUUGUCGGAGCACUGCAGCUACCGUAACCUCGUGGUGUUAUUGACUCUUUUGUUUGGCUUAAUGCCCUUUAUAAUCUGGUGCGCUUUAUAAUCCGGUGUGUCUUAUGUAUGAAAAUAGAUGCGAAUAGACAUGUUAAUUGAUGGUGCCCCUUAUAGUGCAAAAAAUACGGUACUUGAAAUAUCUUAAAACAGGCUACUACACCAUCCAAAUAAAAAGAAACACAUUACAUACCCAAGGUACCUUUCAACAGACUGUCAGUCUAGCUCAGAUUUAAUCCUUCAUUCCCCAGUUUAAUGUUAAAACAUGCUGCCACCAUGCUCACAAUCCUUUCCCACAGCACCAUUGUCGUCAUCUAAGUUGAUCACAUUGACACUCUAAAAAUGGCUAACCUGCAUAAAACACAUUAUACAGCACUGGCCCGUGGGAAUGGUAUCAGUUUUGCAGGCAUUUGUCCUAGCACAGAGGAUAGAGAGAUUUUGAGUAGUAAUUCAUCUAUUAAGAGAGUCAUAUAAAUAAAAUUAGAUUUUAAAACUAAGAGUUAUGCUUUACCAUUAAGCACAGACAAGGGGGAGGGGAGCUUUUUGCCAGUUGGCCCGGCUGCAGCCUGAAUGAGACCUCUUUGCCAUUUUUCUGCUGUAGAUUCACUGGAUGUUGAUCAGACUCAGUGUUUCCAAUAUGGCUACCAUCUUUGGGGAUCACAAUGUCUCUUCCAAAAACCUGCCAGUAACUUUAUUCAGAGGAUACUAAUAUUUUAAACAUAGCCUGGAUCUAAUGCUUCUGCAUACCAAGUUAAGAUGGCAAAAUACAUAAGGGUUUCCUUUUCACUUCAGCAAAUCCAAAUGUGCUAAGAAAACUGCAGUUUGUGACAUGGACACAGAGGCUAACAUUCAUAAGCAGCUCUGUCCCUGUAGACUACCAUGUUUAAAGUUUUAAAGUAGUGCAAACACUGACCACAGAUUGUUUUUGUCUCUCAUUACAGUUGCCAUAAAUCUGAUAGUUCAACACAUCCAGGAUAUUCUAAAUGGUGGUCUGACCAAACGGCUGAACGGCUGGUUCAACAGCUAUGGAGCAACCAAAAAGCAGCAGACCAUGGAGUCCAGCAGUCGGCCCCACUGAGCUCAGGUUCUCCCAGAUAAACGAAAGCAGGGCUCAUCUGCAUACGUUGAAAGAAAUUUAUAGUUUACAGAGGCAGUAGUCCUUGCAAGGUUGGAAAAAGGACUUUCUUUUGAUAUGAUUCUGCUGAGACUGAGGAAAUAAACCCAGGGUGAAGAUGUUCUUUCUGUGAAGACAGUUGAAAGCAGCUGGAUGUUUUUCUUUCUGGCCUGAAGAGGUUUUAGGGAGAGAAUCCGAAGGGGCUAACUUGUUUAAUUUAAACUACUGCUUGCCUUUAUCAACAGUGAAACUAGCUUAAGAAGUCUUGAAAAUAUCCAAACACUUGACAGCCUUUAACUAUACAAUACCUGCUGUGUAGCAACAUGCUGUUUGAUGAUGGGCCCUUGGCCUGUCUCACCACAGUUAAAUGUGUGCUGUGCAACCUGACUGAGUUCCUUAACCAAUGCAACAAGACAUCUUUAUUUCAAGCUGUGAAAAGCUUUUGUUGAGUUAUACAAACAGAGCUCUGCUCUGAUAGAGGUUUUUGUAUUUGUUUUUGUCAUGCUGCUCUAAGCUGCACACGCUUUGUCUUCUUGUGUUAAUCAAACAGUAUUUUUCGAAGAAAAAAGAAGAAAAAAUAAUAAGGCAACCGAUCCUCACCUCAAAUCAUGUGAUGUAUGACAUCAUCACCAAAGAGUCAUCUGUGACAUUUUAGGACAAAAAUGUGUUUAGUCAAAUUUUCAUUUCCAUGUGGAGCAGAUGUUACUGUAAUGCUGUUGGUAGCAUCAAGAGUUGCUUGUGUUGUUAUUGAACUGAUCACAAAGUAUUAACUCUGUCUUCAGAAUCCCAUAAACUUGAAACCUCAGAUGUGCACACGUAUGCAAGAUUCAUUUACCUGAAGGAAAACUGCACACUGACAGUCAUGUGAAUAAAUGCAAUGACCUGUAAAAUGCCAUGAAGUCUUGGAUACAUAAUGUAUUUGUGUUCUGUAAUUGAUUCUUGUAUGCAGUUUUCUUAUGAUAAAGUUCUCAGGUACUCUAUGAAUGCAGGAGUCAAACUAAA